CAUCUCCACCACUUGAACAUUGAACUUAACGGAUACAGCAUUUACUUGAGAGAGUGAAAAGUGAAAGCAAACAACAAUGGCGGUUGUUCUCAUCUUCAUUUCAAUAUUUGUUCUUUUUUUGGUCUCACUAUUAUUCAAAUUCGCCACAGCUGAAGGGGAUUUCACUUUGAUUUCCAAAAGGCACGUGAAGCGUGAAGAAAUUGAAGAUAAGGUUAUCUGGAUUACUGGUGCCAGUCGUGGAAUUGGGGAGGUUCUUGCAAAGCAACUAGCAAACUUGGGGGCUAAGCUUAUUCUUUCUGCACGAAAUGAAGCUGAAUUGGAGCGAGUCCAAAAACAGCUAACUGGUAAGCAUGCUCCUCAUGGCGUUAAGAUUUUGCCAUUGGAUUUGGCAUCUGGUGAAGAUUCUCUCAAGGAGGCUGUGCAGAAAGCAGAAUCAUUUUUUCCUGAUACUGGUGUUCAUAUGAUGUUCCAUAAUGCAGCUUCUGAGCGUCCUAAAGCUUCAGCUUUGGAAGGGUCGGAGGAAGGUCUUAAGGCAACAUUUGAUGUCAAUGUUUUUGGGACAAUAUCUCUCACAACAAUGCUGGCACCUUACAUGCUGGAGCGGGGAAAGGGUCACUUUGUUGUUAUGAGCAGUGCGGCUGGAAAGACACCUGCACCAGGUCAAGCCAUGUACUCCGCUUCUAAACAUGCUCUGAAUGGCUACUUCCAUACUUUGCGUUCUGAGCUUUUCCAGAAAGAAAUAAGGGUGACGGUUGUUUGCCCCGGGCCAAUAGAAACAUCAACUAGCUUAGCAGCAUCAACUUCAGAAAGUAAAGGUGUUACAGAGAAGCGCGUGUCAUCAGAAAGGUGUGCUGAGCUUACAAUAAUUGCUGCCAGCCAUGGACUGAAGGAAGCUUGGAUAUCAAACCAGCCUGUACUAGCUGUUAUGUAUUUGGUGCAAUACAUGCCAACCAUUGGUUUUUGGCUCAUGGACAAGGUAGGGGGACGGCGGGUUGAGGCUGCUGCACAGAAGGGCAACACUUAUUCACUUGGCUUACUGUUUGGGAAAAAGAAGUCAUCUUGAUUGGAUCAAAUGGAACUAUUAAGUCCAAACCAAUUUCACACUGAGAAAAUAAACUAGUAUACUGUUUUUUUUCUUUUCUUUUGGGGUCAAAAUUAGAAAAUCAAUAAAUAUUCUCACAGAUGUAAUUGACAACAUAAUUCAUAACUUUGGGAUUAAAUCAGAAAGAUGGAGAAUCUUUUUCUUUUGCUAA